GUUGGAUUCAUCUGCCUGUGAAUGAAUUACAGUUAACCAAGGACCUUGUAACGAGACUGUCGCACGACUCUGGCCGAUCGGAGAUGGACCAUAGGAACUUUAUGAAGUUCUUCAACAGAAGCUGGACCGAGCUCGCGGCAGGCGCAAGGCAACAUUAUAUGAAGCCGCUGUGUCUGGUAGGCACUGCACCCAAAAUGUUUAGUCAUUUUCUAAUUUGACAUGAAAUGUCUAGCGCGCGCAAAUAAAUGAGCGCGGUAAACACAGAACUUGCACCGCUGUCUACAUGCCGUAUCUGACACUGGGUGAACACGACCCAAAGCAUCCCAAGAAGCGAACUCUUUCCGGAGUAAAGCAAAGUGGAGAUGAUAACUUGAUCGGCAGAAGAGAUUCCAGACACGUCGCGCAUGUCCCUCUGACUCUCGACCAAUACUACUACCCUGGGAUCUCUGACACCAGCUACCGAGACGACCACCAGGUCUUCUCAAAGUACCUAGAAGAGCAUCAUGAGAAACCAGUGUCAUCGACGAACAGGUCAAAGAAGAAACAGAUAUUGAUGGUCGACCAGCUGUGGAUUUGGAUAAUAGAUGAUCAGUCAGUCAUUACAAGCACGUCCCAAAGACACGAGGAGUCCUCCACUGUGCCACCGCGAGAUGCGAGGGAUUCAUCGAUGAGCACUCUGCUGCAGCAUGUCCUUAAUGACAUCGCGUACGGCGAGAGCAGAGGUCGCUCCGAGCGGCCUACGUCGGUGAAUGCGGUCAUGCAGUUGGUUCUCGGGGCGGCUACUGGAUUCUUUAUAGAAAAGUGUGUACAACUUGCAGACGGCACUUUCAAAGGACCUUUGGAGGUUUUCCGCGAGUCGAUUCGUGAUGUGGCCAACAGAGAAACCGAGCUGUUCCAGAACUUCUUGAAGGAUCUCAAGCAGGAGAUUAAGAAACGCAAGGCGCGCACCGAGCGCAUUUCCUCGAGGAGCGGUCGCCCGUCGAUCAGAGAACUGCCCAACAACCCGCACUAUAUCAUCUCGGAGGAGACAGAACUUCUCGACCAGAUUCGCGAUAUCAACGAUGAACUUCACAUGCUGCGGUCAUUGGCCGAGGAUCAGGAGAUUGUGUGGAACCAAGCAUUCGCUGGCAUGGAGACGCAAGGCCGUUUCAGUUGCACUCCAACUGAGAUUGCUCGAGAUCUGGAUGGAAUGAUCCUGGAAGCAGAGAUGACUCGUGACUCGGUGAGUGUCUUGCUUUAGGGAUCUUUUACUGCUGUAUUGCUCACCAGCCAACUUCUCUAGAUUGAUACGUUGCUCGACUUGCGCCAGAAACAAGCAAGCCUUGCGGAGACCGAGGCCGGUCGACUACAAGCGAACGACACAGCGCGCCAGUCGAACAACAUCUACGUCUUUACUCUAGUGAC